AUGACUUCCAUCGAAUCUACAAAUCAACAAUUUUAUGUUAAUAAUUAUAUCAAAUUCGCUUGGAUUAUAAUAUCGGCUAAGAAUUCCAAAUUGGAAUCGAUUCAUAAAUUCCAUGAAUUCAAUAAAAAGUAUGGUAACUUCCUUAAGAAAUUGAUUGAAAAUAGUCAGUUAACUUAUAGCAACUUGAUUAUAAGUUUAUAUUACUUGUACAAAUAUUACAACUACAACGAUGUCAUCAACCAUAAAUCAUCCACUAUAAUAUCAAAUCAAGAUGAAGAUAAUGUUUCCAAUAUUGUAGUUGAAGAAUCUACUGAUUAUUCAUUGAUUAUUAAUUUAAUCAUUGUUAGUUUAAUCUUAUCCAAUAAAUCAUUUGAUGAUCAAAGUUAUACUUUAAAGACUUGGUUAAUCAUUAUUAAUAAUUCCAUGGGUUCUAAACAAAAUGGUUCAAAUCAUCAUCAUCAAAAGAAACUUAUUAAAAUUGAUUUAAAAUUGAUUAAUUCCAUUGAAAGUUAUUUCUUAUGUUCAUUAAAUUAUAAUCUUAGCUUUAUUCAUUUAUCUCAAGAUUUCAAAUUCUGGAAUGUAUUAAUUAGAAAUGGUAUUUUCAAAUUAACUAAUUCAAUCUUGAAUAAAUUCAAAGCAUUAGUUGAAUUAACUUCAACUUCAACUACAACAAUUAGUACUCCAAUCAUUAAACCAAGGACACCAGCUCCAAUUAUGUCUAUUAAGAAUCUUGAACAAUCAUGUUCAUCUUCAUCAUUACUUUUAACUCCACUUAUUCAUAAUUUCAAUAACUCAUCCCCAUUAAGUGUAACUAGUAUGACUACUCCUGCUACUAAAAAAGGUACUUCAUCAAUCACUCAAUUACCAUUACCAAUCACUAGUUCAGUUUCUCCAUUAUCAACUAGUUGUUAUUCACCAUUAACUCCUUUAACACCUUAUUCUGAUGUUAAAAGGAGAAAGUUACCUUUACAUCAUCAACUUUACACUUAUAGCUUUAAACAUCAUUAUAAAGCUCCACCAAUGCCAGCCUUACAUCAUUAUCCAAUCUUACAACAGCAACAACAACAACAAUAUCCAGUUGUUCCUCAAUCAUACCAACAAUUCCCUCACAUUCAAGGCCAACAACAACCAAAUCAAUUACCAAUCCAACUUCCAUCACAACAACAUCGUAUUCAACAAUUACCAUUUGCAUUACCUUCUCAACCAGUAUUUAAUCCAUAUAGUUGGUGA